UUGGCUGUUAUUACUUUAGUACCUAAAUAAGUUACAGUGUAGAGAGCAACGAUAACUGCUGUAAACACGAUAAAUCAAUUGGUUGAUAUUGGUGUAGCCCUGUUUUUAGCCAGCCAUGUUUCUGCGUAUACUGUGUCCAACUAUGAAAUCCCAAAGUGAACUGGCCAUUGUGCUCACUUGGUUGGCAGUGCUGGGGACGGCUCAAGAUGAUGCCGAUUACUGCGCCGAGCUAUCCACGCAGUCGCUGGCCAAAAUUCUGGGACAGGCAUUUAAUCCGCGCUACAUGAGCAUCGAUCCGCCGGGCGAGCCCGAGGAGAAGAGCUAUCAUCUGGGAUACAAGCGAUCGUCGUACGAGCUGCCCUUCUAUGCGGACAGUGAUGCGAUUUCGGUUAGCCACUUUCCCGCCUGGGAGACCAACCACUUUGCGCUGGUAGAGAAGAAGAAGGAGGCACCGAGGAGCAAGAGUCUGCGCACGAGAAGCGCCUUCAUGGAUCGUGUGGGACAUCCGAGAAUCGAUGGGUUCAAGCAGCGGCCGUGGGAGUGCUCGUCGAAGAUCAACUGGAUUGACUUAGGCUUAAAUUACUUUCCACGCUAUAUCCGUUCGAUCGAGUGUAUUGCCAGAAAAUGUUGGUAUGAUCACUUUAAUUGCAAGCCAAAAUCAUUUACAAUAAAAGUACUGCGCCGUAAAACUGGCUCAUGCAUUCGAAUAAACGAUAAAUUGAUUUUGAUCACCGCAGAGAAGUUUGAGAAUGAUUAUACGCAGCUCUGGAUUUGGGAAGAAAUAGCGGUUAACUUUUGCUGUGAAUGUGUUAUGCUAUACUAGUAGCGCCAUUUAAUCAAGAUUUAAUUAAUAUACACGUUUAAAAUGUCAACAAAAAACUU